AUGCAAGCUCUGGGUCUUUUUGCUCGCCCUGCUAUUCUUGGUCGAACCAACAAGAGUACAGUGGUCUUGGAGAAGAUUGUAAAGGAGAAUUCUCUUAACAGAACUGGGGCUGUCAACUUUAACAACUAUGGAAAGCAGGACAGUGUUGGUUUCUCGCCUUGCAGUGACAAGUUCAUGGACAACUUUCUGCUUUAUGUAUACGUCCAUAAUUAUUUCGUGACAGCGAAGAAAACGUAUACGGAAGUUGGUCAUGUCAACAAACUCGUUUCGGAUUUGGUAAGUGCGAAGUCAAAGCCGUCGCCUUGUCACCAUUAAAGGAACAGCCGAAAGCAGACGAAUUGGACAAAGUGUAUGUGAGGCUUAAAAUGAAAGAGACUGACGAAACUGUCUACUACGUACAGGAAUUUAAGAUUUUCAGUGAGGCGAGGAUUACUCCAAUGUUCUCGAGUUCCUACGGACCGACGAGUACAGGAUCAGAAACAUCUUCCUAA